UGGUGGGACAUGUGUACUUCCGUUCUGUGACAGGAAGUGACGCAAUGAAAACAAUAACAGUGCAGCGCUCUCUCUGAAAGAAAUCAGUAUAAAGGUCUCAUUAUGUCUCAUUUAAAAGAAUAAAGAAGCAAACGGAAUAUUAUUACAGCAAGAUAGAGAUAUUUGGACAUCUUCCUUACACGAGGGAAGUUAAUUUGGUUUUGGUGCAGUGAUGGCAGCUUCGUUACCUCAGAAGCCGGGGAUGAUGGCAGGGAUGCCCCCUCAGCAGCAGCAGCCUCACCUGCCCCCCGGUGCAGCCUCAGCCGCCGGUCAGCAGCAGCAGUCCAUGCCCCCACAGGGAGCCCUGAGAGAGAUCUCCCCUGUGUUCCUCUGUCGGAUCGGACAGGAGACCGUCCAGGACAUUGUCACUCGCACCAUGGAGAUCUUCCAGAUCACACGAGCUACGCAGCUUCCCAACGGCGUGACCCAGAGCCAGGCCAUGUACCAGGACCGCUUUGGGAAGCUCCAGGAACACCUACGGCAGCUCGCCCUGCUCUUCAGAAAGCUCCGGCUCCUCUACGAACGCUGUGUGGAGAUGACCUCUGACCUGCAGGAGGGUCCAUCAGAGCUUCUGCCAUAUGUCGGAGAGGAGCUGGUUGCUGUCAAAGUGGAGCCCUGCAGCUCUGCUGUCAACCAGGAGAGAAAAGAGGUUCUGGAGAAGGUACGUCAGAAGAACCACGAGAUGAAGGUUCUGAUGGAUCAGAUGAGGAACCUGCUGUGGGACGUCAACGCCAUGCUGACGCUCAGGAAAUGAUGGUUCCACCAGUCUCUUUUUAAGAGAUGCAUUCCUUCACAGACAUACGGACUGCAUGCACUGGCAAAGAUCAGGGGAUAUAAGGGACUAUCUGUUGGAUUUGGAAUAAGGGACCUUUCACUUGGGUACACCUCAUUUCUGUUGGCACUUCAUCACCGAAGAGCUUCUACCGUUCAUUCUGUAUUAUAUUGAAGUGGUUGAGGAGGAAACUAUUAUUUUGAUACUUAAUGAAAGCUAAAAACCGGAUACACUCCAAGAAUCGUUCUCUUAAUUUGUCACUGUGUUUAUUCAAAUGUGUUAUGGUCUCCUCUUUGCAUACUGUUUAAAUAAUAAGUUGAAACCUGUAUUGCCUCAGGUAAAAACAAAAAAAAAAGUUUUCUUAAAACGCCGUGUUCAUGGCGUUUCCGCCCCCCCCCCCAACCCCCCGGGGUGCUGACUCGACACCAGACAGACUUUGAUUCACUGUAGGUGAUUCUUCCAGAAAGCACAGAAGCUGAUCUGACGUCUGUGUUUACAAUAGGCACAAUUGCCCUUAUUAUGCUCUGUCAGUUGUAAAAAACACUACGAGUUCAGAAUUCAAAUUAGCCCCUUGGCAGCUAUGUAUCUCAGGUGCUUUGUACAGAAGUGUGUAUGUGUGUGUGUGUGUGUCUGUGUGUGUUUGUGUGUGUGUGCGUAAUGAGAUUAGCUUCCUGAGUGCUAGACAGCGCACCUGUUUACCCUGAGGGUGUUGAGACGUGCUCGCCUGUGAAUUUAUUUUUGUAAACUGUGGGACAAAAGGUGGACCGACUGGGUCGUUUCUGUUUUGUAUGGAAUAAACUCUUUUUUUAACAAAA